UGUAGUCCAUCUUCAGAAACAACCCAUCUCCCCGUUAUCUCCUCCCCAGUUGCGCAUUAUAACAACGAAGCAGCUAUUUUUUUUUUUUUCAUCGACGCCUUGAUCAAUUGAUGCCGGCCUGUCCGUGAAAUCCCAACGUGCUAGUAACGCCGACGUGCACCGUUGAAACACACGCCACAUUGUCUCAUCUCGCAAGUGACGCCGGCCCAGAGAGGUGGUCGUGGACAAGGCGCCGUGCGCACCUCGCAAGGUUGACGAUACCUGCCCCCAGCAGUCCAGCACCUCAACCCUAGAUCUUGCGCCGACAUAGCUAGCUAGCUGUCACAAUGGCGCAGGUAUUUCUCGACCUCAUCACCUCCUUCGGGAACUGCCUGAACUGCUUCCCCGGCUCUCCGUCGCUCAAGAUCAACAGUCGCAACUUCAAGAUCCUGAGGUUACUCGGCGAGGGCGGCUUCUCCUACGUUUACCUCGUCCAAGACACGUCCACCUCCGAGCUGUUCGCCCUUAAAAAGAUCCGAUGCCCGUUCGGCGCCGAGUCCGUCGCGCAGGCCAUGAAGGAGGUCGAUGCCUAUAAGCUCUUUGCCAACACCUCUGGCAUAAUCCACAGCAUCGACUACGCCAUCGCCUCGGAGCGCGGCGGCGGCGAGGCCUCCAAGACCGUCUACGUCCUGCUGCCGUACUACAGGAGGGGGAACCUGCAGGACCUCAUCAACGCGAACCUCGUCAACCACACAAAGUUCCCCGAAAAGAAGCUCAUGCACCUGUUCCUCGGGGUCUGCCGCGCGCUGAGGGAGAUGCACGUCUACACCGGCCCCGGCACCGGGGGCGGCUCAGGACCCGAGAGGAUGGAGAUGCGCGUCAAUGGCGUGGACGAGAAUGUCGAGGCGGCGCAAGGCAGGUCAAAGAGGAAUGGGAACCAGGAGUCGGGUGGGGCGGACGAGGAUGACGAGACGGAGCAGCAGAGGCCCUUGAUGCACGGCAACGACGGCGUGCCGGAUGGGGAGAUCAAGAGCUAUUCACACAGGGAUAUCAAACCUGGCAACAUCAUGAUCGACGAUACUGGCUCGGCACCGAUCCUUAUGGACCUGGGCUCCAUCGCCGUCUCCCCCAUCCCCAUCACAUCCCGGUCCCUGGCCAUCGCCACACAAGACACGGCAGCAGAGCACAGCACGAUGCCAUAUCGGGCGCCGGAGCUCUUCGAUGUCAAGACGGGUACCGUGAUCGACACAAAGGUGGAUAUCUGGUCGAUGGGAUGCACAUUGUACGCCUGCCUGGUAGGGAAGUCGCCCUUCGAGAUGCGCAGCGACGAGACGGGCGGCUCAUUGAGUAUCUGCGUGCUGGGCGGGGACUGGCGCUUCCCAGACGAAGGGCCUGGCGGGACCAAGAGGAAGGCGCCGGUCAGGAGGACCAACACUGGGAUGGGCCAAGGCGGUGGUGCGAACGGUGCGGCAGAGGAUCUUGUUAUCAGUGAUCCCAUCAAGGAGGUGGUAAGAAAGUGCUUGAGUGUGGAGCCGAGUGAGAGACCUGACAUCGAUGAGCUGAUUAGGAUGGUUGAGACGGUGGUCGAUGAGCUGCCUGAGGAUGAGUCGACGUGAGGUAUCCUGGGCUGUAUUUGUGAGCCUCAUAUGCGAUUUGAUUGAUGUACACAAAUUUAUUCAUGAACGGGGUUGGGUGACUUGGUGGGCGUCAGGACUCUGCGUAUGGCUCAGAACGAGUAGCAAUGCAGUGAAGAAAGUCUAUGAAUUAGAAGGGGCAAGCAUGAAUACCAACCGGUACUGCAUGUGGUUGGGGAAAUAUCCUACAUCAAUUGGGCGGGCCGGGCGUUGAAGGUGUUCUGAUGGGAUACCGCCGUAGUGAGAUCUACCUAAAUGUGAGACGACAUGAAAAA